AUGUCCCACAGGCAUGUGGAAGGCCGCGAGGCCCAAGAAGAGAAUGAGGGUCAGCUCAGGGAGGAGGUUCCUGUAGCUAGGGAGGUGGGCACCCCAGAGGGAGGACCUGCUGCUCAGGUUCCUUCUUCCUCCUCUGCUCCCACCCAAGCCACUCUACCAAAUGAAGGUUCUUCUCGUCAAGCAGGGAGACGUCAGAGCAUCUCAAAGGCCUACCUCUUCUCCAGGUUCUUGAUCAACACUCAGCUCCAGUAUAAGGUGACCGAAUUGGUGAAGUUUCUGAGUUUCAAGUAUACAACAAAGCAGCCCGUCACAGAGGCAGAAAUUCUGAAGAAUGUUGUCAAAGAGUAUAAGCACUACUAUCAAGUGAUCUUCAAGCAUGCCUGUGAAUGCAUGGAAAUGGUUUUUGGCAUUGAAGUGAAGGAAGUGGAUGCUAUCAACCACUCCUAUGAGCUCCUUAAAGUCCUUGACCUCACCUAUGAUGGGCGCUCCAGUGGUGAAGACGACGAGGGCAUCCCCAAGAUAGGCCUCUUGGUGCUCAUCCUUGGUGCCAUCUUCAUGGAGGGCAACCGUGCCCCUGAGAAGAAGAUCUGGGACAUGCUGAAUACGGUUGGCAUAUCUCCUGACCAGCAUGAUUUCAUCUGUAGGAAUCCCAGAAAGUUCAUCACUGAAGAUUUGGUUUCCGAGAAGUACCUGGAAUACCGGCUGGUACCAGGCAGUGAUCCUCCAUGCUAUGAGUUCCUGUGGGGCCCAAGGGCCCAUGCUGAAACCAGCAAGAUGAAAGUCCUGCAGUUUUUCUCCAAGGCUGUUCGGAGCAGCCCCACUUCCUUCACAGCUCUGUAUAAGGAAGCCUUGAAGGAUGAAGAGGAGAGAGCCCAGGCUGCCCUUACCUCAGUGGCCAAUCCUGAUGCCGGGGAGGACUUGGGUUCUGGGGAAAAGCCCAGCAGCUUCUCCCGCCCUGAGUAA